AUGUAGUCAGUGCCAAAUCAUAAACUAUUGGAAUAUAUCUAUAUUUAUAAUAUAAGCUUUGCCUGGUAUGGCUUAACGUGAAAACAUGCAAAACGAUACAAGAAAAUCUUCAACUGUCACCUUAAACGAUGUACCAAAAGUAGAUGAAGAUGUCACAUUAACAGAAGAUCAGAGAAUAGAAUUAAAAGAAGCCUUCUCGUUAUUUGAAGGAAAGGGUAAAGGAAAAAUUAAUGUCAGGGAUUUAGGAGCUUUAUUACGCUGUCUUGGAUGGAACCCCUCAGAACGAGACAUGGAGGAAGCCAAACGAGAAUUAGAAGUCAACACACGAGGGCACAUACCAUUUGCUGAUAUAGAGAGAUAUGUAGCAAGACGGGGUGGUAUAUAUUGGGAUAACAAUGAUGAAGAGGAUAUACUCACAGCAUUCCAAGCAUUAGAUAGAAACGGUUGUGGAAAAAUCAAGGUCGAUGAUUUUAAACAUUUUAUGAUGACAAUGGGUGAGCAAAUGUCGCAAGAAGAGGUGGAGGAAUUAGUCGAAUGUACCACAAAGGAAAGUGAAAGAGGUGUAAUAGAUUACAAAGAUUUAGUAAAAGCUGUGAAACACAUUCCAACGUGAAAAAAUGGUGCCUAUAUUAUAAACAGAUCGUUAUCAUCACUUUUGAUUGGUUCUCCAUGGCGGUGACGUUAGAGAACUUUUGGCAGCAGCGAAGUUGUUUUGGCUACAAAGGGUCUUGUUUAGCAGGACGACAUCAUUCACCAAUCACGAGAUAUCCAAUUUUGCACUGACAAUGGCGUCUUUAUAUUUUGGAUGCAGUCGUGUAUAUUCGAGAUUUUGACAAGACUCUAAGCGAUGUUGAUGAAAGAACAUGGACGCGAGAUUUUUUCUUUCUUAACAAAUUCACCAUUUUUUCCCUUAAACCUUUUUGCAACAUUUUCUUCCACGAUUAUUCAAACAUAUCACAUUUUUUACAUCAUUAUGUUCAAUUAUAUUGUUACACUUAAAAAUCAUUGUUCGUUUCAACAUUUAUGCACGUGGCUAUUUAUAUAUGAUAUUUGAUAUUUUCUUUGUGAUAUAGGCCACUCAACUGUUAUUUGUUUUUUGAUUAUCACUACUUUGAUGAUAUUGAACUAUUAAGAUACAUUUAUGAUAAUGAACCAUUCAAUAUCAAACUUUUAAUUCGACUUUUUGGUUUCGACCCUAUCUGCGAUAAUACCAUAUUCUAUUUGAGCUCAAAAGCAAAAAAUAUCGGCAUCAUAAAUAAGCUCAAUAUCAAAUUGAUAUUGGAUUUUACUCAAUUUAAAUUUUAAACAAUACAGAUACAAGUAUUGGAUUGAUAUCAAAUAUUAAUUUUGAACUUUAAAAUAUAUUUAUGAUAUUUAUGAUAAUGAACCACCCAGUAUCAGAUUUGGUUUAAAACAGGU